GUCAAAGUGACCUUGAACGAUUUCAAUGUAAUCUCGGUAGGCGAGUAUAUAACGUUGGGAUAGAGAAUCUAUCAUUUAGAGGUAUUAUAAACUUUAUGAGUCAAAUUUCGCGUUAAGUGGUGAUAACAGAAUAUAUGGAAGAACCAAUCAGAUUUAGAGUAACAUGUCUUGGAUUUUGUUACGGAAUUCAUCCACCCAUUUGUUAAAUAGCGUUUUGGAAUUUUGACCAAUGUUUUCUGUUUUGAAUUUCCGAGAGAGACCUAUUAAAAGUCCGAAAAAUUGUCUGGUAAUCUGCUCUAAUUUAAAAUGAGUUCAGACUGGAAUUCGUUACCAGUCCAAUUAUCUAAAAGCAUACUAAAAGCUAUUGAUGCAUUAGGAUUUAAAGAAUCUCUGCCUGUUCAGCAAUAUGUUAUUCCUCUCCUAUUAAAUUCAAAAGAUGUUGCAGCUGAGGCUAUCACUGGUUCUGGGAAAACUUUGGCAUUUGUUAUUCCCGUUUUGGAGAUAUUAUUAAAAAGGAAACGCCCAUGGCAAAUAUAUGAAAUUGGAGCUUUGAUUCUAUCUCCUACCUGUGAAUUAGCAAUUCAAAUAUAUGAGAUAGUGUUACACUUUAUCAAAUAUGUCAAUGCAAACUCCAAUGAGUAUAAUUUCUCAGCGCUUGUCUUCACUAGUAGUGGACGUUCUAGUGGAGCUACAACAAAAUUUCAAGACUUCAAUAAUUUUAAAGAAAAAGGUUCCACUAUUCUUGUUGCUACACCUGGACGGUUAACUGAUUUAAUUUUGGCUGGUGCAAUUGUUGACUAUGGAUUAGGUAAUAUGGCUAAUCCUAUUAUCCGUGGACUUCGAAGUAUGGAGGUUUUGAUACUUGAUGAAGCUGAUCGUCUUCUAGAAAUGGGAUUUGAAUCACAAAUCAACACAAUCUUAUCCUUCUUGCCUAAACAACGAAGAACAGGACUAUUUUCUGCAACUCAAACAACUCGUGUUGAAGAUCUUGUAAGAGCUGGACUCCGUAAUCCAGUUCGUGUGACCGUGAGUCAACAAACACAGAAAGAAUUAGAAUGUGCGAAUAAUCAGUCUCUGCAACAACGCAUUCCAUCUGCCCUUCAAAAUUUUUAUACAAUUGUUGAAACAGAUGAGAAAAUUUCAUUAAUUGUACGAUUUAUUUUAAUGCAUAGAAAAGAGAAAAUCUUAAUAUUUUUCGCUACAUGUGCAUGUGUAGAUUAUUUUUAUUGUAUACUUAAAGGUUUACUAUCAUUGAAACAAUCAAAACGUAUACAAAGAUUACAUGGAAAAUUGAAUAAAAAACGAUUUGAUCUUUUCACAAAAUUUAAAAAUACAUCUAACGGAAUAUUAUUGUGUACUGAUGUAAUGGCUCGAGGUAUAGAUGUACCACAUAUUGAUUGGGUUAUUCAGUGUGAUCCACCAACAAAUGCAAAUGAAUUUGUUCAUCGUUGUGGUCGAACCGCUAGAUGUGGACUUGAAGGCAAUGCUUUAUUGUUUGUUACUUCUCAAGAAGCUGCAUAUAUCAAUUUCCUUCAUAUUAACCAACAAGUAAAUUUAUUACAUAUGGAACGCGAUGAACUUAAUCAACAUAUAGCUCCGUUGACUACAGUCGAUACGAUAGAUUCUAUCACUGAACGAAUUCGAAAUCUUUGUAAAAAAGACAAACUAUUACAUGAGAAAGCAAUACGUGCAUUUGUAUCGUAUGUUCAAUUUUAUCGAAAACACGAAUGUAAUUUACUACUGAAUUAUAAAAAAUUGGAUUAUGGUCGAUUAGCCAACGGUUUUGGACUUUUAAAACUCCCAUCUAUGCCAGAAUUACGAACUGGUAAUGUUAGUUCAUUUAAUCCAUCAAAUGUAGAUAUAUCAAAAUUAACUUAUCGGGAUAAAAGUGUAGCUAAACAGCGUGAAUUAAUGCAGUCAUCUGAUGAAACACAUGGAGAAAAUAAACCUAAAUGGUUAAUUAAAAAGGAAAAAAAUAAAGCAUGGAUUGCCAAAAAGAAACGAGCACGUAAAAUUAAAGCAUUAAAGAAACAACAUUUAGUUAGUGAAUCUUCGCACCCGGAAAUCUGUGAAAAGAAGAAUAAGGAGAUAAUAGAAACUAAACAGGAGAAUAAUGUAAAAGAUAUUGAUGAAUUACUUGUCGACUAUAGAUUGUUAAAGAAAUCGUAUAAGGGGAAGGGUGAAGCUGAACGUGGCGUCGAAGUUGCAACAAUCGUCAGACGAAACGAAGAGUUUCAGGGCAUCGAAAGCACGACGCUAGCGAAGCACACCGAAAGAUGGAAACGGACGAUGUUUAAUAUGUAAGUACUUUGUGACUUCUCACAAUAAAGAUACAGCCCUAUUGCCUUAUUUUACACUAUUUCUGGAAAUUUUUAUACAUUUCAGAAGGGUUUAUUAUCUAACGAUUGGUAACUAUACUCAGUUGCCUCAACCUCUGUUCGUUCGCCUGCAUCAGAGUACAUGAAAUUAUUUAUUUACACACACACGCUUUAAAAGUGAUAAGUGUUCGAUACCGUGAACAAAAAAAAAUAAAAGAUGUCUGUAAACGUAUUGUUCGUUUGGGUUGUAUAAGAAUCAGUAUAUAGCUUGAUAAAAUAGGUAGAUAGGUAGCUUAAUUCAUUAUAGCCAAUAUAAUUGACAUAAAUAAAAAAACUCCAUUUCGCUCUAAUUACUGAUCUCCAUUUGAUUUGUACUUCUCGUACUUCUCUUGUUUCUCUUUGCAGUUUCCUACAUAAUUUUUUAUUUGUUUCCACUUGUUCGUUGUUGUUUUUAAAUCUACAAACUUGAUAGGAUUUUGCAUUGUGUGUCGGAUUUUGCUUUGAUGUCCAUGGUUAUCUAGUCUUGAGUUAAUUACCUAGUUGUAAAUCUACUAAUUAAAUGAUCAAGUUUGUUUUCUAAGCUGUACGAUCCGAAAUAUAUCUGUAAUAAAUUCAAAGUCAAUAUAUAAAUUAUAUGUUUGUCUAGCCCUCCGCCAGACCUGAAGGUUCUGGAUCUGAUUCUCAGUGAGAUCGUAAAUGCGCACUUUUGUGGUGCCUCAGACUAAUCGCCAUCCAAUGCUUUCUAUUUUGUAUAGUUAUCCAACUAAGUUCUGUUUGUGUUAUCAAGCUGUGCAAUUUAACAAUUCCCAAAAACUUAUAGAAAAAUAAUAAUCAUGCGAUUACUAGUGCCUAGUUUUAUGAGGUUAUUUUCAAAGUUCCUGUGAAAGUUCGUUAUCGAUAGAGUUUAACCAUGUUGAGUAUGUGAGGCAGUCGCAAUAUAGAAGAGAAUGUGAGAUAAUUGUGUAAAAUCGCAAAUUUCAUGCUUAUUAGAAUUGCAAUAUAGUCAGUUCUGUUCACUAAUUGACUAGAUAGUUCUAAGUGUAUGGUUAUAGUAAAUGAAGGAUUAUGAGUUGUAAGAACUGUGUUAUAUCUCUGUCUAUAUAAUAAAUUUUGGAAAUGUUUCUAGACUAUUCCCUAAUAUGCGUAGGCAGUAAUGUCAUCAGCACUAAUUUGAAUUUAAUAGAUAUUUUAUUUUUGGUAUUUGUAGAUCAAGGAAAAGUGAUUAGUAA